CCUGCUACGUCAGAGGCUCAACCACCAUACUUUCUUCCACCAACUCUUUCCUCUCUGUACUGGAGUUGACUCUUUCCUCUCUGUCGUGUGUGAAAAUGGCGGCAGCAGCAGGAGAAGAAGUGAAAGUGCCCAGAAUCAAGCUGGGUUCGCAGGGGCUUGAAGUUUCAGCUCAGGGGCUGGGCUGUAUGGGCAUGUCAGCCUUCUAUGGCCCGCCCAAGCCCGAGCCCGACAUGAUCAAGCUCAUCCACUAUGCUAUUGACCGAGGCAUCACCCAUUUCGACACCGCCGAGAUGUACGGGCCGUACACCAACGAAAUACUCGUCGGCAAGGCUUUGAAGGGAGGGAUACAAGAGAAAGUGGAGAUAGCAACAAAAUUUGGGGUCAGAUUUGUGGAUGGAAAGCGGGAGGUUUGUGGUGAUCCAGCUUAUGUAAGGGCUGCAUGUGAGGGAAGCUUGAAACGACUUGGUGUUGACUGCAUUGAUCUCUACUAUCAACAUCGGAUUGAUACACGUCUUCCCAUUGAAAUCACGGUUUGCUCCAGUUUUCUUUUGUGUUUUAAAUAUUCAUUCUUAUGCUUGAUGAAUUGAAACUUUGCAUAUAAG